UGAAUAGCAUGAGUGCCGUGACCAUUGCUGUCGGAGGUCGCUGGCGCGAAAUCGAAGAUGAAAAUUCCGAUUUGCGGUCCAAAUUGGCCGCGUCAGAAGCGCUAGUUUCAAUGCAACGAUCUGAACUGGAGGAUGCUUUCGAAAAGUUGAGAUGUACAGCAUCAGACAUGGAUAUUUUGCAGAGAGAGAACGCCUCCAAGACCGAAGAAGUGAAUGCAUUGAAAAAUUCCCUUCGCGCUUCAACGGCGGAAAUUGAAGAAAUGACCGCCUCUGCAGAAGUUUCAGCUUCAAUGAUUCGCGACAUGAACUCCGAACAAGAUGCGUCUUCAGAAAACAUUGAGAGUUUGCGCCUCCAACUUGAGGAACGGCUCCAUAAACUGGGUCAAUUCAAAUCACAGCUCGCCUCAAAAGAACAGGCUUUGCAGUUCGAAUCGACCUUGAAACAGAAAGCCGAAGCAAAACAUCAGCUGUGCCAUGCCGAGCUUUGCACUUUGGAAUCCAGAUACGCCAAACAAGGGAGCCACGUGCAGUUGUUGAUGCGAGACAAGGAGCGAUUGUGGAGCCAGCUGGCUCGCUGUCGUGGUUCGGAAAGUAAGGAGCAGUCCAAGCAAGACGGACCAGUCGAAGCGGUGAAGAAAGUGGUGGACCCUCAGAGAAAUCAGGCCAACCGCUUGAGGAAAUCCUCAACCUCGCGCAAAACCUAUGAUCAAACCAACACAUUACCCUCAGUGAUCGAAUUGGAACGAAAAUUGUGGCACACACAGAAGGCGUUGGAGCGUGAGCGGGCUGCGCAUGAGGCGACCAAAGCGGCCGUUGCGUCCGUUGCGUCCGUUGCGUCCGGUGAGGCUCUUGGGGAAUGCCAGUGACUGGGUGGUUUCGAGGCCGUUGCUAUUCGGUUGGGACCGUUAGGAGGGAGCAGGUUGGAGUGUUUGGGUUGUGCGGC